AUGGCGUCUUCUGUAGCUAGUAGGAAACCAAUGCUGGAUGCGGCACUCAGCAAGCUGCUGAAUAGUAACUUCGAUGCAGAUUCCUUGACUUGCGUUCAAACCUGCCUUAAAGUCGUGGAUAACAUUUUGCAAAAGCCUGGAAAUGAAAAAGUUCGUUCGAUUCGAUUUCAGAAUCAAGCAAUGCAAAAGAAGAUCUUAUCCAAACAAGGCGGAGUCGAUAUACUCUAUAGUUGCGGAUUUGUCUUGAAAGAAGAACAGCAGCUGUUGUCAAAAGCCGGACAAGGAGAUUCAUUCCUGGUGCUUCAGGAUCAGAAUGAAGAUACAGAUUGGCUGGUACAUGUCCGGCAUGCUCUAAGUCAAGUCGCAAUUCAUCAACUCAAAUGCAAACCAGAUAUGUUGCCCAAGUUUCAGCCGCCCGUCACCAAAGUGGCCGUCGGAAAUGGCACGUUUGGCCAAGGAUUCAAUGUGUAUCAGGGCGCUAGGUUUGAUGGACAAUCGGCUGCAGUAGGACAAUCAUUGGGACCUCCCAAGGGUUGGAAAAGUGCCACGGAAGCCCAUUUGGAAUCGCUGGAAAAGAAGCAAGCACAACUGGCCAAGAAGCAUCAAAUUGCCAAGGAACGAAAUUGGGUGGCAUUACGACCGGGCGAAGUAUUGAAUGCUCCUCCAGCAGCAGAAGCAACAAGAGGAGCCCAACAACUGCAAUCUACAACUUCUUCAAGAGAAGAUUCUGCAUUGAUUGCCAGUCACAUCCAAAAACAACAAAAACGAGUACAAGAGGAAGCCAAUCGGGGCUUUACCACGAAAGCUAUGAGAGAUUUGGAAAAAAUCAAGAAGCAAAAGGUGUAUUCCCACACACUCUUGGCAAUUACUUUCCCAGAUGGCUGUUCUUGCAAAGGUCAAUUUCUUCCAGCGGAAACGGUCAAUUCUGUCAUGGAAUCAAUACGGCACGAAGUACUCACCGAAGGCUUUCAAUCGGAAGGAUUUGAACUGUACAUUACACCGCCACGAACCAAACUGUUGCCGCAUCAGACCUUGACCGACUUGGACCUGGUCCCUGCUGCCAAGGUAUUUGUAAGCUGGAAAUCGCCAGCCAAAUUCAAGGGGACCAUAGCCUAUCUGAAUGCUGACCUCUUUCAAUCUUCUGUUGGACCUUCGAUGCCAUCAGGGGUGUCGGUUUCGUUGGCUGCAGAGGAAUCAUCAAAGUCGAAGGCGGCGGCGUCAGGCAACGUUGGAGCUACGGCUGUCAAGAAGAAGAAAUCCAAGGCAGAACGACAAGCGGAAAUGCUGAAACGAAUGAUGGGAAAAUAA